ACUUCACUUUACUAUCCGACUGAUUUAGUAGUUGAUAAUCAUCUGAGCGGUGAAUAUCUGUGUAAAAGUUAUUAAUGCGCAAUGUACUUCACUAAUUUUUAGGUCUACCGUCUACGAUUGAAACGCGACUUACUAGAAUUUUAAGUGUUGAUAGUAAUUUGUUUUAUGUUUUAAACUGAAUGUUGUAUGUACUCAUAUUUUUACGACUGGCGUACACAUUUUAUAGCAAGAACUAAGGUUUUUGUACAAAUGUGAAGAAGUAAUUAUAAUAUUUUGUAUUUAAUUUCGCUCUAUAAAAAUAAUUUAAUGUCCAAUUUGUAACUCAAAGUACAAAAUACCACAAGCACAAUGAGUGUUGAGGGAAGUAAUGUAUAUCAAGGGUUACAGGUCCACAAUUCUGUUGUACAGCCUUUAUUAACUGACCUUUAUCAAAUAACUAUGGCCUAUGCAUACUGGAAAUCUCAAAAAACAUCUGAUACGGCAGUUUUUGAUUUAUUCUUUCGCCAUAAUCCAUUUCAGGGAGAAUUUACUAUCUUUGGAGGUUUAGAAGAAUGUUUAAGAUUUUUGGAAAAUUUUCGCUAUUCAGAUAGUGAUAUAGAAUAUUUAAAAACCACUUUGCCGUCAACAAUUGAACAAUCGUUUUUUACAUAUUUGAAGGAAUUGACAGCUAAGGAUGUGACACUUUAUGCAAUUGAUGAAGGCUCAGUUGUGUUCCCAAGAGUACCACUAAUUCGAGUAGAAGGACCACUAAUUGUUACCCAACUUCUAGAAACGACACUAUUGACUCUGGUCAACUUCUCUAGUUUGAUGGCCACAAAUGCAGCGCGCUAUAGAAUGGCGGCCGGUGACAAUGUGUCUCUGUUGGAGUUUGGCCUCAGACGGGCUCAAGGUCCUGACGGUGGAUUAUCGGCUUCCAAAUACGCCUACAUAGGUGGAUUUGAUGGAACAAGUAAUUUACUAGCUGGAAAAAUGUUCAAUAUACCUGUAAAAGGAACUCAUGCCCAUGCAUACAUUACAUCAUUUUCUAAUCCUAGUGAAUUGAAAACUAAGACUUUAAGAAAUCUGAACAAUGGCAAAGAACAAGAUUUAAUUGAUUUGACCUUAUCAUGGAGAGCUAAAGCAUCAAAGCUUUUAAAUAUAUGUGAAAGUCAAGCAUCUGAUGGGGAACUCGCCGCUCUUGUAUCGUUUGCAAUCGCUUUUCCAGAAGGAUUUGUUGCUCUCAUUGAUACAUACGAUGUCAAUAAGUGGCAUUACUUAGGACCAAAACAACUACCUAUCAUUUCAAGUUUUGGAAGUGGAAUUUUGAAUUUUUGUGCUGUAGCAUUGGCUCUAAACGAUCUUGGUUACAAAGCAAUUGGAGUUAGAAUUGACAGUGGAGAUUUAGCAUAUCUGUCAAAUAAGUCGCGUGAGACUUUUGUCAGUAUUGCGAAAGAAUUCAACUUGCCGUGGUUUGCAAACUUAACAAUAAUAGCUUCAAAUGAUAUCAACGAAGAAACUAUUUGGAGUUUAAAUGAUCAGAAACAUAGUAUUGAUUGUUUUGGAAUUGGAACACAUUUGGUGACAUGUCAAAGACAACCUGCUUUGGGUUGUGUUUACAAAUUAGUUGAAGUAAAUGGGCUGCCACGUAUAAAAUUGAGCCAAGACGGAGGUAAGAUUACAAUGCCAGGCAAGAAGGAUGCCUUUAGGCUUUUCGGCGGUGACGGAUAUGCAUUAAUAGACUUGUUAGUAAUGUCUGUUGAAGAUCCACCAGCUGCGAAGACCAAACUUUUAUGUCGGCAUCCAUUUGAUCAAAAGAAACGAGCUUUUGUUGUACCUUCUGCGGUAAAACCAUUGCAAAAAGUAUAUUGGAAUAACGGUCAGAUAACACAAUAUCUACCAGACUUAAAAGAAAUUCGCGAACAUGUUCAAGAAUCAUUAAGAACAAUACGGCCUGACAUCAAACGAAAUUUGAAUCCUACACCUUACAAGGUUUCUGUGUCCAACAAUUUGUACGAGUAUAUGCAUGAGUUGUGGAUGCAAAAUACUCCAAUCGGAGAGUUGUCUUGAUGUGUAACCUAAAUUUAUAUAACGCAGUUACCAAUUUCCAUAAUGUCAAUUGCAUUAUCAUCAGUCAUAAACUUCUUCUUUCUAGCAGAAAACGUAAUUGACAUUAUCAUGCAUAGGUACUUUUAAGCAAACAACUUCCUAAACUUAAAUGUAUUAUUUCUAUUAUUCACGCAUAAUUUGAACAUAAUCUUUGUUCAUUGCUAUACAGUAUACACUUAUUCAAAUACUAAUAAUAAGAAUAAGAAUCAAUCACAUCAAAUUUUCAUCAAAUUUUGUCGCAAACACUUAUAUUUUACAUAACUUACAUUAUUAUAUGAAAGAAAAUAAUAUUUUUUAUUUAUUUUAAUCCUACGAGCACAACAUGUAUUAGCAAUUACAGUAAUAUCUGUUAUCAUUCAAGUAGCUAUAUUGUAAACCAAAUUUUACAUUUUUUCAAAGUACCUAAUUAAUAUUUUUCGUUUUGAUGAUAUUUGAAUGUUACUGGCUGUAUUAAUUUAAACUAAGUUUAACUUUAAACAUAUUAAUAAGAACAAAUAGGAACUUGUAAUCAAAUGAUUUCUAGUCUUGACAAUAAUAUCUCAUAAAAAGUAUUUUAUUUGUCUUUCGUUAUUUUGUUUGUAUUUAUAACUAAAAAAAAAAAAAUUUUUAACCCACCUAAUCAUUGUUAAUAUAACAAAUAAUAUAAUUUUGCAUUCCUUUAUUGUAGUUCUAUUGUUCAGUUUUUAAUUGAAAUUGUUGUUAUUUAAGUUAAAGUAUAGAAAGUAUCAAGGAAGGUAUUGACACAGUACUUAUGUUUUUGUUUUUAAUUGUAAUGUAUGCUUUCCUAAUCUAUAGGGAUGCUGUAUAAGAGUAUAUAAUAUAUUUUAUUGUUUAUAAAAAAAAAAAUGUAAGAAGUGUUUGCAUUUUUUGUUAAAAGUGUGUUUUUGUGUUCGUAACGUAACAUAAUGAGUUAGUUUUUAUAGAUAUAUAUUUUAUUAUUUUAAGAUGUAUGCCAAGAAAAUUAUAUUUUUCUCUUUAAUUGUUUGUAAUGUCAGAA